AUGGGAAGUGAGAAGUGGAUCCACAAUCGCAAUGUGGGAACCCCAGAUCACACGCCCCGCCAACCAUCACAGCCCGCCUACAAAGCUGAUCUCACAUCUCUGUUCUUAGCCACUGUCUUCUCGCCUUUCCCCCCUGGAACUACAAUGGACCAAGUAUGCCUCAGCAAAGAAAACGUGGGUCGAUUGCGAGACCUUGGAUUUAAAAAUGUGGCUGCCGUUGUUCUACUGCCCAGCGUCAGGCUUGAGGCUGCUACAGUUGCUCCGUGUGAUGUGAGCAUCUUGGCCCAGACGACGAUAGUUCGAGCAGUGGAGAACUUCCCUAAAGUUUCCAGUAACGAGACCCGUCUUGACAUGCUACUCCAAAUUUUUGCCUGCCUUGUUCUACAGCCAGCCAUCGCCAGAUGCAGCUCCGAGGGAGCGGACAUUGAUGUUCAUGACACUGAAAGCAUCCCACUGGAUAUGGGCCAACCUGACAGCUUAAAUUCCCCCAUGAAUAGUUCUGACUUGCUGCUCUACGAUAGCCUUACUCAGACUUUGGCAUUGCAGGUCUUAUGGAACAGAGGUGCACUAGAUGAACAAUACACAGCCAUCCAAGCCGAAGCUGCGCUUGCUUCGCUAGUCGUGCUACUGCAUAGGUUGAAUAAUCUAAGACUUCCUACUUCUACUCUGGUAGCUGUCACAGCUUACGCAGACCCUGGCGAUUUAUGGACAACCGAAACUGCGGCUCGUCUCGCGCAAAGAAUUCUAUCUCUACAGCUUUCCGGACAGGGACUGACCAACUUUAUCAUCGGGCCCGUUUUAAACCAACAUGUCCGACUGAUUCUUUCAUCACCAACUGGUCGUGACCCUUCAGUCAAUUCCAGAGCGUCUGGGUCUGUAGCUGCGUUGGAUUUAGCAGAGUAUGAGAAUGCUGCUGCGGUACUGAAUUGGGCGAUCAGGAUGACCGAGGUUUGCGGCCUUUGCUCUUUUGAUCUCGUCGCGCCCUGCACUGCUGUUGUUUAA